CGUGAGUCCGGCCCGGCCCCACGCGGCCCGCGCGGCGCCUUUGUUGCCGGCGCCGCCGCAGCGCCAGGAGCGUGCGGAGGGCGAACGCGGCGGCCGCGCGGCCGGGGACGGCCGGCGGAGGAUGGAGGCCGCGCCCGACGGCGCCGCGGACGUCGUGCCGCUGGACCGCUACGACCCGGCGCGCGCCAAGAUCGCCGCCAACCUGCAGUGGCUCUGCGCCAAGGCGUACGGCCGAGAUAACGUCCCUGAGGACCUCAGGGACCCCUUCUACAUCGACCAGUACGAGCAGGAGCACAUCAAGCCGCCUGUCAUCAAGCUCCUGCUGUCCAGCGAGCUGUACUGCCGCGUCUGCAGCCUCAUCCUGAAAGGGGACCAGGCGGCCGCCUUGCAGGGACACCAGUCUGUCAUCCAGGCCCUGUCCCGGAAAGGGAUCUACGUGAUGGAGAGUGAUGACACCCCCGUGACGGACCCUGACCUCAGCCAGGCACCCAUAAAGAUGAGCGCCCACAUGGCGAUGGUGGACGCCCUCAUGAUGGCCUACACCGUGGAGAUGAUCAGCAUCGAGAAGGUGGUGGCCAGCGUCAAACGCUUCUCGACAUUCAGUGCCUCGAAAGAGCUGCCGUACGACCUCGAGGAUGCCAUGGUGUUCUGGGUCAACAAGGUAAAUCUUAAAAUGAGGGAGAUCACGGAGAAGGAAGUGAAGCUGAAACAGCAGUUGCUGGAGAGCCCAGCUCAUCAGAAGGUGCGCUACCGCCGAGAGCACCUGUCUGCGAGGCAGCCGCCCUGCUUCCCGCUGCUGGAGGACCUGAUGCGCGACGGCAGCGACGGCGCCGCGCUCCUGGCCGUGGUACACUACUACUGUCCGGAGCACAUGAAGCUGGGCGAUAUAUGCUUGAAGGAGGUAACAUCGAUGGCUGACAGCCUAUAUAACAUUCGGCUCCUGCGCGAAUUCUCAAAUGAGUACCUUAACAAAUGCUUUUACCUCACCUUAGAAGAUAUGCUGUACGCUCCCUUAGUGUUGAAGCCGAAUGUGAUGGUUUUUAUAGCCGAGCUCUUCUGGUGGUUUGAGACUGUCCGGCCAGAUUUCGUUCAGCCCCGGGAUGUCCAGGAGCUGAAGGACGCAAAAACAGUGUCACACCAAAAAAGCAGCCGGCCCCCUGUUCCUAUCUCCAACGCCACCAAGCGCAGCUUCCUGGGCAGCCCCGCGGCAGCAAGCCCGGCCGAGCCGCAGCCGUCCGCUCCGCUGCCGGCCGAGGGCUGCCACAGGCACCGCCUGCACCCCGAGGAGCCUGAGCACCUGGGGAAAGGGGCUUCUGCCUUCAGCCCGUCGCACCCUUUGCUGCCACUGAGGCAGAAACAGCAGAAGACGGUGCAGGGAGAGGACCCCCCCGAUCAGCGACAUCGGUCCAACUCCUUGACUCGAGUGGACGGGCAGCCACGGGGAGCAGCAGUCGUCUGGCCAGAAAAAAAAACCAGGCCUGUGUCUCAGCCAGCGCCCUUUGCUCUCCAUCACGCUGCGAGUUGCGAAGCGGACCCUGGCUCUGGUGACAGCGUCAGCUUGGCCCGCUCCAUCAGCAAGGACAGCUUGGCAUCCAACGUCAUCACCCUGACCCCGCAGAACCAGCCACACCCCUCUGCCCUGAGGGCCAAUGGGAGGAGCCUCCUGAAUAACGUCGACAUUGAGGACGAGGACGAAGAGCUCGUGGCCAUCAUUAGAACGGACGGGGCUCCCCACGGCGGUGACCUGGGCCCCGUGUCAGGAGCCAGGUCUCCCCAGAGACUGGCGGGCACCUUGGAAAGUAAGCCGGACAGUUUCUUCUUGGAGCCAUUGAUGCCGGCCGUGCUCCGGCCCGCCAAGGAGAAGCAGGUGGUCGCCAAGGAGGACGAGUGUGGCGAAGGGCGGCCAAGAAGCUGUACGGCCAGGCGGCCUGGCGAGGGCCACCCGCCGCCGGGGCGGAGGAGGACGCCCAGCAGUCAUGCCAGUCGUGACUUGAAUAGGACUUUUACCCCCAUCUCUUCUUCAGAACUGCGCGCUGAGGCGGGGCCGCAGGCCGGGGAAACCCGUGGCGGGUCUCUGUCCAGCGGUAGUUUCGACCUGAUGUCUCAGGGACAGUCUGCCGAUGGCUUCUUUCUUCACGUGGCCAGAGCCGACGAGGACGUGGAUGGAAGGCUCUCGGUCGGCUGUGCGAGGAGCCCCCGCGCCCACGACCCAGAGCCUUGGACUGUGCUGAGGCAGGACUCCGACUCGGACGUCGCGGACCUGGAGGAGGUGGAGCCCGACUACAUCGGCGAGGACCGCGCUGCGCUGCUGGCGAAGUACGUGGGCGAGGAGGAAUCGGCCAAGCUGCAGGAGGACAUGAAGGUGAAGGAACACGAGGACAAGGACGACGCCAGCGGCCGCUCCAGCCCUUGCCUGAGCACCGUCUCCCAGGUCAGCAGCGUCUCCAUGGCGAGCGGGAGCGUGAAGAUGACCAGCUUCGCGGAAAGGAAGCUCCAGCGGCUCAACAGCUGUGAGACCAAGUCCAGUACGAGCAGCUCCCAGAAGACCACGCCCGACGCCUCGGAGUGCUGCCCCGCCCCGCUGACCACGUGGAAGCAGCGGAGAGAGCAGAGCCCCGGCCGGCAGGGUCGGGACCACGCCAGCCUGCUGGCCUCCGAGCUGGUGCAGCUGCACAUGCAGCUGGAGGAGAAGCGGAGGGCCAUCGAGGCCCAGAAGAAGAAGAUGGAGGCGCUGUCCGCCCGGCAGCGCCUGAAGCUGGGGAAGGCGGCCUUCCUGCACGUGGUCAAGAAGGGCAAGGCCGAGGCCACCCCGCAGCCGCUGAAGCCGGAGCACGGGUCCCGGGAGUGCUCGCCGCACAACGGGGAGGACUGCGACAGCGCCGUGUCUAGGGCGGACGUGUUUCUGGUCAGGGACCUGGGCAGGGACAGUCUCGGCGAGGGUCAGGACAUGGACAGAGAGGGCUUGGCUUUCCUUCCGCAGCUCACGCUGAAGGACCCCGCCGUCCUGCCGGAGCUGGAGAAGGGCAGAGCGCUGUCUGCCGCCCUGCUGGAGGAUGCCGGGGACGCGGCGGACGUGGGCGAGUGCGACCUCUCCAUCGAGAAGCUCAACGAGACCAUCAGCACGCUGCAGCAGGCCAUCCUGAAGAUCUCCCAGCAGCAGGAGCAGCUGCUCAUGAAGUCCCCCGCAGCGCCAGCGCCGGGUUCCAGAAACAACGCCCAGGACCCGAAGGGCCAGGCGUCCAUCCACUUUGUGGAGCCGCUCUCUCCAACUGCAGUGACGGGCCACCGCAAGCCUCCCCGCCUGGGCCAGGGUCGGAAUUCCCGGUUGGGGAGACCAGCUGAGCUGAAGGUUGCGAAAGACAGGCAGCAGGGCUCCCGCAGCAAAACCCCCACACCCAACGUGGAGGCCCUCCCGCACGGACGGCCUUUCCCGCCUCGGACGCCCUCUGAACCGGGCUGGGAUGGCGUUGCAGACCCUGGGAGUGACCCUCACGAGAAGGGCUUCUUCGACAGUUACCGGCUCCAUGAUGAAAGCAACCAGCGGGCGUUUGUCCUGUCCUCGUCCAAGGACGCAAACAUUCUGUCGGAACAAAUGAGCCUCAAAGAGGGACUGGACAUUGGCGUGAAGGAGGCGGGGCUCAGCGCCCCAGCUGUCUCAGGAAAGGAGGGCACCCCCACGGACGGGCCCCCGAGGAGCAAGGCCAGCCUCAUUGAGGUGGACCUGUCCGACCUGAAGGCCCCCGACGAGGACGGGCAGACGGACAGCCACGAGAGCGCGGUGGGUCUCAGCAGUGAGGGCGACCAGAAGCCGGGCGUUGGCUUCUUCUUCAAGGAUGAACAGAAGGCGGAGGAUGAGCUCGCCAAGAAGCGGGCAGCCUUCCUCCUGAAGCAGCAGCGCAAGGCCGAGGAGGCCCGUGUGCGGAAGCAGCAGCUGGAGGCGGAAGUGGAGCUCAAGAGGGACGAGGCCCGACGGAAAGCCGAGGAGGACCGGAUACGGAAGGAGGAGGAGAAGGCGCGGCGGGAGCUCAUCAAGCAGGAGUACCUGCGGAGGAAGCAGCAACAGAUUCUAGAGGAGCAGGGGCUGGGCAACUCCAAGGCAAAGCCGAGAAAGCCCCGGCCCAAGUCCGUGCACCGGGAGGAGCCGCGCAACGACUCGGGGACCAAGUGCCCCUUGACUCCUGAUAACCUGAGCCGGGCCCAGUCGGGCUCCAGCCUGUCCUUGGCCUCCGCAGCGACGACCGAGCCUGAGAGCGUUCAUUCAGGGGGCACGCCUGCGCAGCGGGUCGAGUCGCUGGAGGCCUUGCCCACGCUGAGCCGCAACCCCAGCAGGAGCACGGACAGAGACUGGGAGACGGCGUCCGCGGCGUCCUCGCUCGCCUCGGUGGCCGAGUACACAGGUCCCAAGCUCUUUAAGGAGCCCAGCAGCAAAUCCAACAAGCCCAUCAUCCAUAACGCCGUGUCCCACUGCUGCCUGGCCGGGAAGGUGAACGAGCCUCACAAGAACUCCAUAUUAGAGGAGCUGGAGAAGUGCGACGCCAACCACUACAUCAUCCUGUUCCGCGACGCCGGCUGCCAGUUCCGGGCACUUUACUGCUACUACCCCGACACUGAAGAAAUCUACAAACUCACCGGCACGGGGCCAAAGAGCAUCACCAAGAAGAUGAUCGACAAACUGUACAAGUACAGCUCAGAUCGGAAACAGUUCAACCUGAUUCCAGCCAAGACCAUGUCCGUCAGCGUGGACGCUCUCACGAUCCAUAACCACCUGUGGCAGCCCAAGCGGCCCGCAGUGCCAAAGAAGGCCCAGACGCGCAAGUGACAGGUGCCCCGCAUGGGCUGAGGAGCUGCCCGCGGUCGAUGUUUAUUUUCCUUCAUUUGGGUACGAAGUGUGCGGAGUCACGGACAUUUUUUGAAGAGACUUCUGAACAACAGAGGAAACCACCGCUUACUCCUUGCACACGGGACGCUGGGGGGACGCACGCGGGGUCCCCCCGUCCCCAGCCCCCUGGCGAGGGGUGUGUGGAGCAGGAUUCCUUUUACUUGAAGUUCUUCAGUAUAAAUUAGAAGCGACUGACUUUGCUUUCUGGCCUCUCGCCUCACCCCCUUUGCACGUGGCUCGGCCCCUCACGCUGGCGGCGGCGACCUCGUGAGGCAGGAGGACCGAGGCGGGCUCUGCGGUCAGGGUGCUUGAAUGUCUUCAGGAAAGGGACUCGUAGCGGGGGGGUCUUGUUCACUGGGGAAAUUGUAUGAUAUUUAUUGAUUGUGUCUACUGCCAACGUUUAUAUCCAAUUCUAAGAUUUCUGAAAAUAAUUCUUGAUCCUUGCUGCUCAGAAAAAGUUUACUGAAGAUAGCAGUUCACUAAAGCACUGGAAUCCGCAGGUCUGUCUCUGCUGCGGUCGCGUUCCCAGCACAGAGGCGGCUCUUCGGGCGGCGUGGGGGUGCCGCGCGGGCCUGCGAGCGGGCGUGUGCCUCCCGGGAGACGGGUGAGCCGAGCAGACUGGGCGUCGUUCACCACGUUUGGGUAGUGCUCUACUGGUUUGUUCACUUUAAUAAAGACAGAUUUGGGUAAAGUAGACUACUUUUCACUCAGCAUGCUCUCUUCAGAGGUGAUACACUUGAGCCGACGGCUCUCUUAGCGUUCCUGUUGUCAUGACUCGUCCGUCCUGGUUCCUGCGUCAGGCGGAGCGGCGCACCCUGGAGGAGCACAGGCCUUGGUCCGCACCGGUCACUCUGGCCGCGGCUGAGAACCGUCACGCGGUCACUGGCGGUUUUCUCGGAGCUCCGCGUCGGCGGGAGGCCCUGGGCCCUCUCCCAGGCCUCACGGUCUCACAUUUCUCCAGAGCAGAUGUGCCCCGGGCGGCGCGCGGCCCUGCCCGGCAUGGCCUGGCAGCCAGCUGCUCCGACUGCUGGGAGAGCCUGGAGCCGCUCCUGUGGGUUUUGCACAGUUUCUUGGGAGUGUUACUUGAAUCUGUCUCGCACUGCAGAGCAAAACGGAAGGUUGGUAGGACGUCAGACGAGUG